UGCAUUAAAAGAGAAUGGACCCUGUACUCCCGGGUCAUGAUAUACCUAUCAUAAAUAUAAACAAUAGGCCUAAUAUUAAAGUGCAAGGUCGCGAUAUAAUGUAAAUAUGUGGGUCUAUAGGACAUUUCACAUGACUGCAUGCAUGACUUUAAGUCGGAACUCAUGAUCGCGUAGCCAUUCUUACGAAAAAUGGCGUCCAAGCAAUUGCAGCAGAUUUAUCUACUGGCUAUGUUCUUGUUUUUGAUGACUGGAUUGCUGUGUUUUGCUUGUGGAAAAGUUCUUCGCCCGACAUCAUGUCCUUGUUCCAAUCACACGCUGUGUGAGCCGAUUCGAACCAAGGCGGAGAAGGAGGUGGUGGCCUUUUCUGGAAGUGGGGCAUACUGGAAACAUUAUUUCUGGGACAAUAUUACAGCCGUGAUUGUACGGGAGGGAUUUGAUCCGCGGAUAAUGUGCCAUGCUCACUCCAAAGGAGUCAGGAUCGUUAUGAUGGGAACAUUUUCUUUGGAUACCCUAUUCAAUGAGAGCGCCCGCACAGCCUGGAUUGAGCGAACGGUGGAGUCGGCUAUUGGUAAUUUUACCGAUGGAUUUAACAUCGAUUUUGAACAACCAUUAGACAAGUCACAGGCAGGUGUCCUAACUGAGAUGGUCAAACAAAUAAAGGAUGCGUUUUCGAAGGCCAUGCCAUACUCACAGGUGACGCUAGAUUCCCCGUAUACACCGGACUGCAGAAUUUUCAAGCGGUGUUACGACUACCAUGCCAUCGGCGAGAUCGUGGAUUACAUCAUGAUCAUGGCCUACGACGAACUGGACUUCGAUGGCAGGGCGAUGGCCAAUGCACCAUUCAACAAGACAAUCAGAGGUGUUGAAGAUUUCAUCCAGAUCGGUGUUCCCUCGAGCAAACUUGUUCUUAUUGUACCUUGGUACGGCUAUGACUUUCCUUGUUCAACGAUAGAAGAGGGUGACGUAUGCAUGUACAAGAAUCUUUCUGUAAAGUAUCAAAAAGGAUUUGGCGACAUCAUGAAACUCCUGGACAAGUCGACAACAGGUGGGAAGUGGAGUGACUCUUACGAAUCACCUUACUUUGAUUACAAGGACAUUGAAACUGGGCAAACCCACCAAGUAUGGUACGACAACGCAACUAGUCUCGCUCUACGUGUUCAGAUGGCCAAAGAAAAGCAGUUACGCGGGGUAUCUGUGUUCCACGCGGACUGUCUGGAUUACAGCACCCAUCAAAAGGCUGUCAACGAGACUAAUGAAAUGUGGGACGCGUUUAUUGGAGAGUGGCUUGUCUGAAAUCCCAAUAAUACUGUCGCUAUAAAGCUUUCUGCAUUUUGUCUUGCAAGUGUCGUACAAAGUAAAAAAUACCAUUUUCCCCCGAUAUGAAUAUCUUCCAAUUGGAGUCUUGAUUUGAGUUUUUGUAUCCAUGAUAUUAAGGAGUAUAGGCUAACAUGGCUAAUGUGAGCUGGAAGAAUAAAGCUACUUGAACGUAUGUAAUACUUUCUAGA